UCUUGCUGCUCACAGAGUAUUUAGGAGGGGAGGUAAUGAAAAUUGGAAAUGGAAAGAACAUCAGUUCUCCAUAAACCGGCCACAGUCAGGUGCACUACAUAAGAUUCUUUUACGAGGAGUCCAAAGAACAAUCAGGAAAGUUCUCCAAGAGUUAAGAACAACCGGAGCAGAACUUCAGGAAGACCUUGCAUCAGCAGGCACAGUUGUUUUUCGAAAGGAAACUAUAUGCAAGGCACUGAACCAUCAUGGCAUCCAUGCAUGCUCACCACACAAGACUCUAUUGCUGAACAAAAAGGCUUGUUGAGUCUCGGUUAAUGUUAGUGAAACAGCAUUUGGAGAAGCCUGUGGAAUACUGGGAGACUAUAAUAUAAAUUUGGCUCUCAUUCUGCACCAUGUUUGAAGAAAAAAUGGCACUGCCCACCUCCCAUAUCAACAGUUAAGUUUGGGGGUGGAAGCAUCAUGAUGUGGGGCUGCUUUUCAGCAAGGGGUACUGGCAGGCUUCAAAUUAUUAAAGGCAAAAUGAAUGGAGAAAAGUACCGGGACAUUCUGGAAUAAAAUCUACUGCCACCUACCAGCUAAAAACAGACAAAGGGUGGUUCAUUUGUUGUGAGAUGAUGAUCCCAAACACAAGGCCAAGGGAACAAUGAAUUGGUUUCAAAGGGAAAAAAAAUCAAGUUGCUUGAAUGGCCCAGUCAAUCACCUGACCCAAAUCCCAUAGAAAAUCAAAAGAGAACUGAAGAUCAAAGUUCAUAAAAGAGGCCAAAGGAACCUUUAAGAUUUAAAGAUCGUUUGUGUAGAAAAAUGGGCCAGAAUCACUCCUGUGCAAUGCAGACAACUGGUCUCUCCAUACAAGAGGCGUCUAGAAGCUGUAAUCACCAAAACACACACACACACACAACCAUCCAUUGACUUCCAUUUCAUUGUGACUGUAUAAUGCCUAUGCAUAACCAGUGCUGCUGUAUUCCUAACCCUAACCUCAACAAAAACUUCAUUCCCACCAUACCUCUAAAACCAACUGGUAAGCUCUCUAAAAUAGCGAGGACCGCACUCAUUCCCUCUGUUGGUUUAAAAUCUCAUGAUGGUCCUCAGUACGUAGUAAGUACAAGAACACACACACAAGGCUCUGAGAGAAGAGACGUGCUUUACACAUUAAAACGAAACGUACGUUGUGCUGAAAAUGAAAAUAUGAAAUCAGAGAGGCGGAGCAUCACAUCAUUGUUCAGCACCCCCCACCAGACCUGCUUUUCUAACAAUGGCUGCUCUCUGCUGAUUCAUUCAAAGCCUUGGAUCUGAGGGGUGUUCAUUUCUGGGUCAGUGCACAGGAUGCCACACUGAAUAGUGAACAGAGAUUCUCACUACACUCACUGACUACACACAUACAUCAUACUGUGAGCCUCUGAACCAGGAGCUCACACGCAACCGGUGUAUCCUCGAAAAGCAGCAGCGGUUCUCUCAGAGAUCUGAGACAGCAAGGGUUCUCCUGUUUGUGACACUUUGAAGUGUUGAAUCCUCCCAGUGCUGUUAAACUGGGAAGUUACUGGUCAGAAAACAAAUGAAAAUAUUCCAGUAAACGGGUGGAAGAGAUCAUUCUCUGACUGGUAAGAUCAUUUACUUUAUUCAAACUCAAACUGAGCUCAGUGCAGCGACAUUGGUUUGACUGCUGAUCUGUUGAUUUUUGUCACAGAGUGGUUGCUCAGAUGGUGAAAGAUUUAGACAAAAAUCUUUGUGUAAAAAGCUAAAAUACAGACAAGUUUAUAGUGAAGUAGCAUAGAACCUGAUUUUCAAAUUAAUUUCUGCCAUUUAGUAUUUCUGAUGUGUUUCAUAACUUAAAUUUUCAUGAUCACAAUAGUUACUGCUCCUAUUCAUAAAGAAAUGCCUUUACUGUUUUUUCUCUUUGUCUUUUGUCCUUAGUUGUGUUUGAGAAAACUUCCUGAUUUUGUGUCACUGGAUUCAGAUUCAGUCCCAACAAAGAGGAUGAGGUCGCCUUACUUCCCAGCGAGAACGGUGCUCUUCCACAAGGAGCCUAACGGAGUGACGUACCGAGUCCCAGCCCUGAUCUACGUGUCCCGGUUCAGGACUUUUCUGGCUUUCUGUGAGGAGAGACUCAGCCCGUCUGACUCCCAGGCUCACCUGCUCAUCAUGAGGAAAGGAACUUUCUACAGGAACUACGUGGAGUGGGAGGACAUGCGAGUUCUGGGUACCGCCUUUCUGCCGGGUCACAGGUCCAUGAACCCGUGUCCCGUGUACGAUGAGUUCACAGGGACACUUUUACUGUUCUUCAUCGCUGUUCUGGGUAACACCUCAGAGUCCUACCAGCUGGUGACGGGGAACAACGUGACCCGACUCUGCUUCAUCUCCAGUACUGACGGGGGUGACUCCUGGAGUCCAGUCACCGACCUCACCAAGGCAGUCAUCGGAGACACCAUCAAAGAAUGGGCUACGUUUGCUCUGGGUCCGGGUCAUGGCAUCCAGCUAAAGUCGGGUCGUCUUCUGAUUCCUGCCUACUCCUACCACAUUGACUGUAAGGAGUGCUUCGGACAGCUUUGCCAGACCACUCCGCAUUCAUUCUGCUUCCACAGCGACACCCACGGGAGGAGCUGGCGUUUCGGCGAGGCUAUUCCGGCUCCAGAGAGUGUGGAAUGUCAGAUGGUGUCCGUGGAUGAAGAGGAUGGCACCAACGUGCUGUACUGUAAUGCACGCAGCCCUCUGGGAUACAGGGUGCAGGCCCUGAGUCUGGAUGAUGGAGCUGUGUUUCAGGAGGGGCAGCUAGUGCAUCGGCUGGUGGAGCCUAGAAACGGUUGUCAUGGUAGCAUUGUUGGAUUUCCUGCUCCUUUGCAUCUACAGCAAACUCUACAGCAUCCCACAGGUCACUCCAGGCACUGGACGUCAUUCCUGGACUCCAACAAAACGACAGAAUCAUCUUCAAACAUCACACCUCAUCAUGAUGCUCAUCCAGACUUCCUGACCCCUACAUGGGUGGUAUAUUCCCACCCAACUUGGGCCACAGCACGUAAGGAUCUAGGUGUGUUCCUCAGCCUGUUUCCUCGUGAUCCAGACAGCUGGCGGGGCCCCUGGGUGAUCUACGAGGGUCCCAGCGCAUACUCAGACCUGACCUACCUGGAGCUGUCCCCCUCGCCUGGGGCACCGCCGGCUGUGGCCUUCGCCUGCCUCUUCGAGUGUGGCUCUAAAACCGCCUACGAUGAAAUCUGCUUUAGUAUCUUCACCCUGCAUGAGUUGAUUGAUAAUUUGCCCGGGGCUGUGCAGCAUUUGGGUGAGACGGGAUGCAAACGCGAGACCCCAGGAACAACAGUCCAAUGGGAACCUCGAGUGAAGAGGAGGAGGAGAAAGCUCAUGAAGACGUGCUCUAUCUCUUGAAGAGUUAAAUGUUUAUUCUCUUUUUUUUAAUCACCAAGCUGGGUUUGCUUGUCAACUAUAUUAAGUUCUGUAGAACUUCCUGUUAAAUAUAGGUAGGAAAGAUGUUUAAUGUAAGUUUUGUAGUUUUUUUUAAAUAGAUUUUAAUUGUAAAGAUUUAAUUUUGACAUUU